UGUCUAAAUCAGACAGAAGUCGGUCGAUACCAUUUUGAGAAAAUGGGUAAAAUGCUAAAAAUCUUCAAAAAUGUCGAAAUUUUUAUUUUUACAUUUUAGGGAUGUUCAAUGUUUCAAGUAUACUCUGUCAAAAAAUCAAUCGAAAAUGAUAACGGGAAAGUGUCGAAAAAGCAGUUUUUCUGCGAGUGUUUUUUUUCGGUCAGUUCGAACUUUUCUGACACUCCGCUCGUUCAGCAAGCUCAAUCCUCGCGCUUUACUAAGCUCCGCCCCUAGCAACGUACGCCAUUGUUGAUUGGCUAUUCUAGUACUCACGCGCCGCUGCAUGACGGGGAUUAUUUGGCUGUAAUCGAUGACCUGGAGCGGAGUUAAGCUGAAGCCAUUUAAACUCGCGUUUUAAUCAGACAUUGUCAUUCCGCUCGUGCUUACAUUACAACACAAAACAGCUUUCGAUCGCGUCAUCAUUACUAUCAAUCAAGUGUUUUAUUACGACUUUGCCGAAAUCAGUUCUUCGAUUCUUCAUUAUGACCCGUCUCGAUCGUGCUCGAAUGAGAGAGGAGAAGGAAGUUCUCGCCGCCAUGGAUGCGUUGGAUGCGGCUAACCUGCGAGGAGUAUCGCCAGAGGAAGAGGCGAGGCUACGUGGUGUAAUUGCAGACUACAUGACUCGGCGAGCCAGUAACAAGACGGAGGAUUCUGAGGGAGAGUUCAGUGACGAUGAUGUGAUUUGCGACCACUUCAUCGAGGAUGAGGAGGAAGAGGAGGGUCGUCUUGAUGAGGAGGCAGAGCCAGAGGAUCUCCCUUUGCUGGAUAUUGACCCUUUGGCAGGACCAGUUAUAGCACCUGGUAAGCACUCCUAG